GUGAGAGAGAGCGCGCGCGAGGAAAAAAAAAGCAAACAAAAAACAAAAUUGGAUUUUUUUAAAAUUCGGGUUUCCUGUUUUUUUGGAUUUUGACGACACACGUGAUAAUCCUGAUUUUUAAUUUUUGGUUUAAAACAAAGAAACGGGGGAAGCUGCUGCUGGUUUCCUUUUUCCAGUUUUGCCUCCCGGGAAACAAAGCGAGCUGCGCGAACGUGACAUCGGACCACACAGCUUUUAUUGUGAAAUUAACUUCUCCAAAGUAAGGCCACCUGUCUGUCUGGCCCCUCUGGAAACAUGUCUAAGGACCUCCAACCAACUGUGGACCCCACAAAAAUGGGGGUCGGACGAUCCAUCGCUGUGUUGACAUCAGGAGGAGACGCCCAGGGCAUGAAUGCAGCAGUGAGAGCCACAGUCAGAGUUGGCAUCUACACUGGAGCCAAAGUCUACUUUGUCCAUGAGGGCUACCAGGGCCUGGUGGAUGGAGGAGAACACAUUUGUCUCGCAUCGUGGGAGAGUGUGUCUAUGAUGCUUCAGCUGGGAGGUACUGUCAUCGGCAGUGCUCGCUGCAAGGACUUCAGAACCAGAGAGGGUCGUAUGAAGGCCGCCUGCAACCUGGUGAAGCUGGGCAUCACCAACCUGUGUGUAAUCGGAGGAGAUGGCAGUCUGACGGGAGCCAACGAGUUCAGGACUGAGUGGAGCGAGCUGCUGGUCGAUCUGGUCCGAGAUGGUAAGAUCACUGAAGAAGAAGCCAAGAAAUCGUCCCACCUCAAUAUCGUUGGCAUAGUCGGCUCCAUCGACAAUGACUUCUGCGGCACUGACAUGACCAUCGGCACUGACUCCGCCCUGCACCGCAUUAUUGAGGUGGUUGACGCCAUCACCACGACUGCACAGAGCCACCAGAGGACAUUCAUACUGGAGGUUAUGGGCAGACACUGUGGGUACCUGGCCCUGGUGACAGCUCUGGCCUGUGGAGCUGACUGGGUGUUCAUUCCCGAGAUGCCACCAGAUGAUGGCUGGGAGAACCACUUGUGCAGGAGGCUGUCAGAUCAAAGAGCCCGAGGGUCUCGUCUGAAUGUUAUCAUCGUGGCCGAGGGCGCGAUGUGCAAAGAUGGCAAACCAAUUACAUCUGACCACAUCAAAAAGUUGGUGACUGACAGGCUCGGUUUUGAUACCCGCACCACUGUUCUUGGACACGUGCAGAGAGGAGGAACACCCUCUGCCUUCGACAGAAUCCUGGGCAGCAGAAUGGGUGUGGAGGCGGUGAUGGCACUGCUGGAGGCCACCCCAGACACUCCCGCCUGUGUGGUCACCUUGUCGGGGAAUCAAGCCAUCAGAUUGCCGCUCAUGGAGUGCGUGCAAGUGACCAAAGAAGUGGCUGCUGCCAUGGCUCAGGGCAGAUUUGACGAUGCCAUCAAGCUCAGAGGAAAGAGUUUUGAAAACAACUGGAAUACAUACAAGCUGCUGGCUCACAUCAAUCCUCCAGAUGUUAAGAGUAACAUCAACGUGGCCAUUAUGAACAUCGGCGCUCCCUGUGCUGGUAUGAAUUCAGCAGUGCGUGCAGCAGUGAGGAUGGGGAUCAUCCAGGGUCAUUCCAUGUUGGCUGUCCACGAUGGCUUUGACGGUCUGGCUCAAGGACAGAUCGAGCCCAUCACCUGGACUUCGGUGACUGGCUGGACUGGAAAAGGAGGUUCAAUGUUAGGUACCAAGAGAACUCUUCCAGGCAAAAGGUUGGAGGAAAUCAGCCAGAACAUUGCCAAAUUCAGCAUCCAUGCUUUGGUGAUCAUUGGUGGCUUUGAAGCAUAUGUUGGAGGCCUUGAGCUGGUGCAGGCUAGGGAGAAAUAUGAGGAGAUGUGCAUUCCCAUUGUGGUUAUCCCUGCCACUGUGUCCAACAACGUUCCUGGCUCUGACUUUAGCAUCGGCGCUGACACUGCCCUGAACGCCAUCACCUCCACCUGUGACAGGAUCAAGCAGUCUGCGGCAGGUACCAAGCGCCGUGUGUUUAUCGUUGAGACUAUGGGUGGAUACUGUGGCUACUUGGCCACCAUGGCUGGUUUGGCUGCUGGGGCUGAUGCUGCUUACAUCUAUGAAGAAAAAUUUGACAUUAGAGAUCUGGAGGCGAAUGUACAGCAUGUUGUCGAGAAGAUGAAGACAACAGUGAAGAGAGGUCUGAUUCUCAGGAAUGAGAGCUGCAGUCCUAAUUAUACGACUGACUUCAUCUUCAACCUGUACUCAGAGGAGGGAAAAGGCAUCUUUGACUGCCGUAAGAAUGUCCUUGGACACAUGCAGCAGGGCGGCACUCCCACACCCUUCGACAGAAACUUUGGCACAAAAAUGGGUGCCAAAGCUGUUCUGUGGCUGACUGACAAACUUAAGGAGUGCUAUAGGCACGGUCGUAUCUUUGCUAACACAGCAGACUCUGCUUGUGUGCUGGGAAUGAGAAAGAGGGCGCUAACCUUCCAGCCUCUUGUUGAACUGAAGGAAGACACGGAUUUUGAGCGCCGCAUCCCAAAGACACAGUGGUGGCUGAAAAUCAGGCCCAUCAUGAAGAUCUUGGCUAAAUAUGACAUCAAGCUGGACACCUCUGAACACGCAGACAUGGAACAUGUGAUCAAGAAGAGUAGUUUUCUUGGGAAGUAGGCUCAGUCUACUCCCUGGUAGCACACUGUUGGAAAGGGGAAUUUUGUUCUUUGCCAUAUACAAACUCCUGUUUUGUUUUGUUUUGUUUUGUUUUGUUUAACCAUCUGUCCAGGUGCCCCAGUAAAAGAGUUGCUAUUUUUCCUGUCCUGAUUGUCUGUCUGAUUCCUCGUUGUUGCCCUCUUCAUCCUGGAAAACUUUCCCUGAAUACACAGUGCAAAAGAGAAAAAGAUGUUUAACCAGAUUAAAGAUGAUUGAUAAGCCCCAAAA